AGAUUCUCCAGGUCUGCACAUCCCUCACUCCCAGCCCUGUGCUCCUCGAAGGGGACCCUCUACAGUGGCGAGCCCCCGGCAAAGUGGGUCGAACGGCUUCCUGCUCCCACAAGGCCGCGCGAGCCGCGGUGGUUGUCGGGAGUUAUAGUCCCCGCUGUGCGUCCUGCGUCCGCCGAGUGGGAGGGCGGAGCUGCCGGCGGCCCGGGCGGGCUGGCAGCUAGAGUGGGUGCGAGAGCCGCCUCCACCGCCGCCGCCGCCACCGCCUCCUCCGCCCGGGCCGUUCGCUGCUGAGCGGGGAGAGCGAGGCGGGGCCGCCGGGGCCGCCAUGGAGCCCGACUCGGUGAUUGAGGACAAGACCAUCGAGCUCAUGUGUUCUGUGCCAAGGUCUUUGUGGCUAGGCUGCGCCAACCUGGUAGAGAGCAUGUGCGCACUGAGUUGCCUGCAGAGCAUGCCCAGUGUCAGAUGUCUCCAGAACACUUCAGUUAUGGAAGAUCACAAUGAAGAUGAGUCCCCAAAGAAAAGUGCUCUAUGGCAGAUAAGUAACGGAACAUCAUCUGUGAUUGUCUCCAGAAAGAGACCGUCAGAGGGGAACUACCAGAAAGAGAAGGACUUGUGCAUUAAGUACUUUGACCAGUGGUCUGAGUCAGAUCAGGUGGAGUUUGUGGAGCACCUUAUCUCACGAAUGUGUCAUUACCAGCAUGGACAUAUUAACUCUUACCUGAAGCCCAUGUUGCAGCGCGACUUUAUCACCGCCUUACCAGAGCAAGGCUUAGAUCACAUAGCAGAAAACAUUCUUUCCUACCUGGAUGCCAGGUCUCUGUGUGCAGCAGAGCUGGUGUGUAAAGAAUGGCAGCGAGUGAUCUCAGAAGGCAUGCUUUGGAAGAAGCUGAUCGAGAGGAUGGUGCGCACUGACCCUCUCUGGAAGGGCCUCUCAGAGAGAAGAGGGUGGGAUCAGUACCUGUUUAAGAACAGACCUACAGACGGCCCUCCCAAUUCAUUUUAUAGAUCUCUAUACCCAAAGAUUAUCCAGGACAUAGAGACCAUAGAAUCGAAUUGGCGGUGUGGUCGGCACAACUUGCAGAGGAUCCAGUGCCGCUCAGAAAAUAGUAAAGGUGUCUACUGUCUGCAGUAUGACGAUGACAAGAUUAUCAGUGGCCUCCGAGACAACUCCAUCAAGAUCUGGGAUAAAACCAGCCUGGAGUGCUUGAAGGUGCUGACAGGACACACAGGCUCUGUCCUCUGCCUCCAGUAUGACGAGCGAGUCAUCGUGACUGGUUCUUCAGAUUCGACAGUGAGAGUCUGGGAUGUGAACACGGGUGAAGUUCUCAACACACUCAUCCAUCACAAUGAAGCCGUACUGCACUUACGCUUCAGCAACGGACUGAUGGUGACUUGUUCCAAGGACCGGUCCAUUGCUGUGUGGGACAUGGCUUCUGCCACUGAUAUCACUUUACGCCGUGUCCUGGUUGGCCACCGUGCUGCUGUCAAUGUAGUAGACUUUGAUGAUAAGUACAUUGUGUCUGCCUCUGGAGACAGGACCAUUAAAGUGUGGAGCACGAGCACCUGUGAGUUUGUUCGCACUCUGAAUGGGCAUAAGCGGGGCAUCGCCUGUCUGCAGUACCGGGACCGGCUGGUCGUCAGUGGCUCAUCGGAUAACACCAUCCGGCUAUGGGAUAUUGAGUGUGGUGCCUGUCUGAGAGUCCUGGAGGGGCACGAAGAAUUGGUCCGAUGCAUCCGUUUUGAUAACAAGAGGAUUGUCAGUGGCGCCUAUGAUGGGAAGAUUAAAGUCUGGGAUUUGCAAGCUGCUCUUGACCCUCGGGCCCCAGCAAGCACAUUGUGUCUGCGCACCUUGGUGGAACACUCUGGACGUGUGUUUCGGCUACAGUUUGAUGAGUUUCAGAUCAUCAGCAGUUCCCAUGAUGACACUAUUUUGAUUUGGGAUUUCUUAAACGUGCCUCCCAGUGCCCAGAAUGAGACACGUUCUCCCUCCAGAACCUACACCUAUAUCUCCAGAUAGCGGUCUGCACUUUGGCCCAAUCUGGGUUCCCUGGUCUUGAACUACUGGCUACAUGGCGGCUACCACAUGCCUAAGGGAGUUCGUUCACAGCUGAGUGCUGGGGCUGGGAUUGGUUCUAGAUGCUGGGUAGACAUACCAGCCCUACUCUUCAAGCCCCAACUUUCCCAGCACCACCCCUGGCUCUACUUGGAGAAGGACAGCUUAGCCUACCGACUGCAAGUAGAGCAGCAGCGCACGCCCUCCCUCCAGUGAAGAGCCCAACGCUUCCUUCCGAUGCACACGCUCACGGGAAGGACACAUGGCCUGUUCUUCAGAAGCAAAGCGACCGUGGGAGAAGACCUGUCUCUAAUUUACAUCGCUUUGAACCUUGGUUUGGUACUAAAAACAACAUUGCAUUCUUGGUGAAGUGUUGGGGGUUCAGGGCUCUCUUCUCCAGCAGCAGCAGCAGCAGCAGCAGCAGCAGCAGCAGCAGCAGCAGCAGCAGCUUCUCCUUAGACCUUCAGGUCACUGUCAUUCUGACGUGCAUAGGAAUGUGUCGGACAAUGGACAGCUCUGGAUUAUUUUAGUAUUUUUGGAUUACACUUCCUUUCUGUACCAGUUUCUUUUAAUUUAAAGAAUAAGUGAGUUAUAUUACCUCUCCACAGGUGAUACGGCUAUUUUCUUUUAUUAACUGUUCUCUGUUCCCUCAUCAUUUCCUGAUAUUUGCUAGAGUAACACCCUUAUCCACGUGCUUGCCUCCUAAUUUAAAAUACUGUACCCGCAUGUAGAUAUAAUGUACAUAACAAUUCAAGCUCAAGGUUGCCGGACGGGCCCCUGCAUCGGAGACACUACUGUGGAGUGUGUCGCGCUCAGCUGCAGGUGGGCCCGAGAGCCUGACUCCAGGGUUGCUGUGAUUCCUAGAACCUUCCUGCAGUGUUCCUUUGCGUUUUAUUUGUCACUGUCCUGUGUGUGCUGUGUUCAGAUGGAACUUCAGAAGUUUAUCAGGAUGUUUGUUUGUUUGUGACUUCUGCAGUGGACAGGCAUCUUUGCAGUCUCCAUGUCACUGUUCUCCUCCUCAUGAGUACCCCUCCUGAGAGCUAGUGAUCACCUCAUCACGGGGAUCAUCUCUUCUCUGUCCAAUGUCCUGCUGUGUGGCAGUAACCCUGAGACAGGGAGAAGGCAGCCCCGUUGACGGGGCUCCUGGCUCUGGGCUCCCUGCACUCUGGCAGGGUGUUGGAAGCUGCUGAGUUAGAACCUGCGGAGCAGGUCAGCUGUUCAGAGCUCACAGGAAGGGCAAGGCCCUCCUGUGUGGAGCACAGCCUCAGGCCUCCCUCUCCUCCCCUCCCCUCCUGUCAGCUCUGGUGUGACUCAUCACUUCAGUUCUCUAAGCUCCCGGGUGUGAGAGGCACACAGACAGGACUUUGGUCGACAUUUCCCUCUUCCAAGAUUAGGUUUUGAUUUGCCCCUCACCAUUGUUUCCAAAGAUCAAGGAAUGCCAGUGAGUACCCUUUAAAGGACCAACCAGCCCCUCCCUGGGAAUGGAGCCUCUUCCCAUGGAAGCACACUCUAGGAGAGAGAAGGCCCCUGGGCUCCACUCACCCUGGCAUUGUGAAUGCUGUGGGCAUCAGUGUGUGUCAGUGAUUGGUUUAUUGGUUGAUGUUGCUUUUUCCUUGUUGGUGUCGUCUCUUCUCUUCUCUUCUCUUCUCUUCUCUUCUCUUCUCUUCUCUUCCUCU